CUGAGGUGUACGCCAACGACCCGCGCAACCCGAAGUAUGCCGAAAUUCAGGCCAGGAAGCACAAGGCCGAGGGCCACUAAAUUUUUGCGACGCCGCAGAGGUUUGUCUUUAAGUGUUUCUCUGUGCUUGAAUACAUCUUGUCCGUUUCGCUGCAGAGGGGGUUUUAGUUUUUUCUUAGUUGAACACCAUAGUCAGGCGAACAAUAGCCACUGAGGGUAUAGCAUUUAGGUGUGCACGGGGGACGCUGUAUAUAGACUAUCCUUUUUUCUUUCUCUCUAACAGCUCUCGUUUGUACAGUGUUUUUGUGACUAAAUGACACCAGAGGAGGAACGGCAAAUAAAGGCAGCCAAGCGCAAGAGCCAGCUGAUCGUCCCACCGCUAAACUUUGCAAUGAUCGCACCGGGAGUGUACCGAUCGGGGUUCCCGAAUCCCAAAUCGCAGCCCGACAACGACAUCAAAUUCAGGCACUUUUGCGUGACAGCAAACAAGGAGCCGUUCGAGGAAAUGGACCACGCAAUGGUGAGCGAGAUCCUGGCAGUUAUUCUGGACACGCGUAACCACCCGUUGCUGAUUCACUGCAACCGCGGGAUCCGCCGAGUCGGGUGUGUUGUUGGGUGCGUGCGCAAGCUGCAGGGGAGUUCAUUGAAGGUGUUCCAGACACCGGUGCACGUCGACCCGCAGUACAGACCACAGUGGCUGCUCAUAUAGAGGAAAGCAAAAAAGAGGGAGUAAUAAAAAAACAUACAAGACA